AUGGCGGGGUCAGGCAAGAAGGGUAAAGGCAAGGCCAGCAGUAACAAGAAGAAUAAGAAGGGAAAGAGCCAGGAAACAUCAGAGACCCCUGCGUCCCAAUCUGAUCUUCCUGCUGAACAAGAGGAGCAACAGCAAGAUCAACAACAACCAGAGUCUCCAACAGACGUGCAUCCCCAACAAACGGAGGCAGAACCUAUAUCUGACUCUCUUCCGGAAUCUGCACCGGAACUGGAGUCGACAGUAGGACCGGAACCGGAGCCAGUGCCUGCUGCAUCAGAAGAGUCAGCAUCUGCGCCAGGCUUAGGACUGGAGCAGCCAGAACCUGCUGUCGAGGCAACUUCGGCCGCUGAGGAAACAGAGAAACCAUCUCAAUCACCUGUCGACGUUGACGAUGGUGACUUUGCCCAGUUCGUGACUAGCCCUGAUCCCACCAGUCAACCGCCAGGCGAGAACGAUGCACAGAACGAUACCUUUAAAGCUCCUGCGAAUACGAACUUGGAGGAUUUAGAUCCAUGGGAGGCACCUGUUGAGAGGGUCGAAGCGAACCAAGAGAACAACGACGACUUUCUGGAUGGACAAAGUGGCACAGCAGAGCCCACGGAGACACCAGUCACUGCACCACAGAGCCCUGUUAUCCCAUCAGCCCCAAUUUCAGUUCCUCUGCAAUCUCCCUCGUUGACAGAGGCUCAAGCUACUGCGGUCUCACCUCACUCAAACGCCGCUCCUUUAGAAUCGGAGUCUCACAUUUUCGCCCAGUCUAAUCCUUUCUCUGAGCCAACUGUCACUUCAACUGUACAUCAAACUACUACUCCUGCUUCCAAGCCCGGUUCACCUACCCCCGAAUUUGUUUCUCUGCCCGUUCAACCUACUUCGUCUGAAUCUCAGGUUGCAUCACCUCCACCAGAAGGUGCUUCAUCAGCUUUCAAGCCAGCUUUACCUCAAGCACAGGCUGUGUCUACGCCACGAGGCAUUUCGCAUGCGCCCGAAUUCACUUCGUCAGUUUUCAAGCCUUCAUCACCGGAGCCUCAGUUUUCUUCGCCUCCACCAGAAGCUGCCUCGCCGACAUCUAAGUCUGCCUCCCCUGAGCCACAGACAGAACCUGAACAACACGCUACUUGGCCUCUAUCCCAUCGUGCCUCGCCGGUGCCACAGACCGCUUCAGCUUCACCGCAGCAGGCAGCCUCAGCCAUGGCCCAACCUGCUCCACCAAAUCCCGAGAGCGCCUUUCCUAUGGAAAUGGCAGCUUCUUCUCCUGCCCAGAUUUCAUCUCCCAUCUACCAUCAAGCUUCACCCAUGGCGCAGCCUUCUUCACCAUUGCAGAAGACGAUCUCUCCUAUUAUGAAGGCCACAUCCCCUGUGCAGAAGAUUGCCUCUCCCAAGAUCAGCAGUCCCCUUGCCCGUGCUGUGUAUAUGUCACCAGUCAUGUCACCCCAUGGUACACCACCACAACCACCUCCACCAGCCCCAACAGCACCUCCGUCGGUGGCCCCUAGCUUUGCUACAGCGUAUCAUUCUCCGAUAAUGAGCUCUGCUGGGUAUUUGCCCCAGUAUGCUUACUAUUCCCACCCAUCACCACAUACGCAACCCACUCCCCGUGGCUCAAUGGACCCAAACUCCGCAGGGUCUUUCCAGGCUUUGCGGGACUUGGGCUUUGCCAAUGGAAACGGAGUCAACGAAAAGGGGACAGUGUCACCUCCCGAGCAUGACGAGCCAAUCGAGCUUUUGCAAAGGAUUCAAGAUGCUAUUCCAGACAUUAAUCGUCUGCUCGGUAGUUAUAAAAAUACAAAGGGCAAGCUACAGGCGCGGGAAGUUGAGUUCAAGCAAAUAGCUAGCCAACAUGAACAGGCCUUGAUGCACAAAGACUUCUAUAUCGAAGCUCUGCAAAAUCAGAUGAGAAAGACGGCAAACGAAAGCGCGGAAGAGUCUAGCCGACUGAAGAACACUAUCAACGAGCUUCGGAUGGAAUUGGGGAACCUUGAAGACAAACGGAAAGAUAUCGAAGAAAGACUGGAGGAUUCCGAGAAAGCAAACGAGGAGAUAUCGAAGUCGAAGAUUGACCUUGAAGGGCAGGUUAAGACGUUGAACACCGAUAUCCAGGAAGCGCAAGAGGCCCAUGAGAAAGAAUUGGAGAGGCAGAAAGAGGAAAAGGCCGAAGCUUUGGCCACGCAGAAGCAAGAACUCACCGAGCUUUUCGAGGAGAUCAAGGCCGAAGAUGAGAAGGCAGCGGCUGAAACCCUGGCAGCGCGCGAAAAAGAGCUACUCGAUCAGCAGGAGUCGAUGCAAGCAGAACAUGAAAAGGAGAAGGCACAAAUGCAGGAGUCCUACAGCACUUUGCAGUCGGAAUUUGACACCAAGGUGAAAGAGCUAGAUUCCACCAAGACUGAGCUGGACAACAAGCAGAAGGAGUUGGAAGAAUCGCGCGAACAGCAUGCAAAAGAAGUGGAGGAUCUCCGACAGACCCAUGCCAGCGAAGUAGAAGAUCUCCAACAGACACAUGCCAACGAAAUGGAAUCUCUCAAUCGCAACCAUGAAGAGAAAGUGGCCGAAAUGGAGAGUCAGUUCAGCGAAAAGGAGCAGCACUGGGCCGACGAGAAGACCGACCUGGAGAAGCAGCUCUCAGACAAAUGCGAAGAACUUACCAACUGUGAACAUGAGAUCAAGAAGCUGGAGGAAGCCAGUGUUGUCAAGGAGAAGCAGCUCCAACAUGCAGUGGAAGGGAUGCGUGUCACUAUUGAUAACCUGGACAAUGACUGUGACAGAUUGAGAAAGACUUUACACAGCCUUGGAGAAGCCACUGACCUUAAGAGCACGAAGGGCGAUUCGUUCUUUUUGGACUGCUUCGGCCAACUUUCCCGUCUUAUUGUCUCCCUGUCCAAGGAGCACUUUGCGUACCUCCCAAUUGAUCCUCCCAAGGAUAUCUUAUCCAAGAUUCCACCGGAACUUCCAUCGUUCCUGGAUAAUACCCCGGCCUCACGCGAGUUGCGUGCAGCAUACGUGCAGCACGUCGUUUCCAAGACCUUGACGUACCGGAUAUUCCAUCCAUUUCUGUUCACCCUGGGACGCAGAUACGACAAAGCGGACACUUUCUUCCAACUUCUGUCGAUGGACAUCCGACGGAAGUCCGUGCGGCGCGAGGCUUUUUGGAGACAGCAAACACUCAAGGCCGCGUACACAACCUCGGAUGCGAAGCAAUCGAUCAAUGUCGUGGCGGCCGUAAUCGUCGACGAAAUCACCAGCCACGUCAAACAUCUUGCGGACCCCAGACACCUCGACACGCUGGUGAUCGACGUGCGGAAAAUCGUGAAGCUCGCUGCCGAGACCUGGAGGCUUGCGCGUGUUGAACGGGAGCUCAUUUUGGCGUCCUUUCCGGCCCCCGAUGCAGACGGGACGUUGAACGACGAGUGGGAUGAGUAUGGAACGGCCAAGGAAGGAUGUCUGAGCUCCAAGGAAGACCCUAGCCGACAUGUCAUUCUGCGAACCUUCCCCCGGAUCAUCCGAGAGGCGGCCCACGAAGACUUCACAGAGGAUAAAGAGAGAGCUAGCCCCUGCACAUAUUCCCCAGGGGGCGUUCUGUUCUCCGACUCCCCCAUGGUCAUGGCCCGACUGCAAGAAUUGGCGAAGAAGUCAACGGACAGCCUGAAUGGCGGCGAGGAGAUGCCUCGGGGCGGCUCUAGAUGUCAAGGAAGCCGAGACAGCUUGCACAAUGAGAAAUGCUCUUUGGAGGGCGAACCAAUCCUAGGGGGAUCGGGUGAAGGGGACCAAGCCGUGAAGGCUUAA